CACUGUGGCUUGAACGCGUCCAAAUUCAUGGUAGACUGCUCCCAGACAGAAACAGAGGCGUUACGACAAUCAUUCAAGACACUGGAUAUCUAUUACUGCUCGUUUCAUGUUGCACAGGCAUGGGAGCGAAAGGCAAAAGAAUACCAUGGAGCAAGUGCAGUUUUGCAACGAUUCAAUAAGGAAAGGAAAAGGGUUGAGUGGCAGUAUACUCCUAACACACUGUCAUCGUUCUGUUUCUAUUCUCAUAGGUUGACGUCUGUAAUGCUAUGCGACUACCUUUGAAAGAGAUACGGAAUGCCAGAACUGAUGCAGAGCGAGUGCAGAAGUGGGAUGAUUUCACAAAGGCGUUCCCGAAACGCAAGAAGAUGAUCAACU